AUGAAGGUUUUAGAAUUUAUUUUGGCACUGAUUCUGGUUCUUGCUGUGGUUCAUGUUCAGCCAAACCUAGCUGUUAGGGUAUUGAACAUGAAGGAACAACUGAACCUUAUGUCUCUAGACAAGGGUCCUGUGACCCCCUCAGGGCCUUCUACCUGCACUUACAUUCCCGGAACCGGUGGCAAAAACUGCCCCCCUUUGGAGGAAAUGAAUGUCGCAGGAAAUUACGUUCAGCACCACAGUGAUGAAACUUAUCCUCGUCUAGUUGUUCCAUUUGGUCCAGUGUCAGCAAUAGAAACAGAUCUUGAAAACCAUUCAGCUGAACCAGUGGUUACUGCAGAGGAUCUUUCACAGGCCAACGAUCAUGUACCAAAACAAAAGCAGAUUAUGAAACCAUUGAAACCAUUAGUACAAAAGCUCAAUCUAAAGGUUCUUUUAGCAACUGCAACAAUCGGAUCGAUUCUUGGUCUAAUAAUUGGUGUAGUUCCUCCAUUCCAAAAGAUGUUUGUUGGAGAUGAUGCUCCUUUAGGUGUGAUUGAAGACUCUGCAUCCAUGCUGGGGGACGCAUCCAUUCCGGCAAUCACUUUGUUACUUGGAGCAAAUCUUCUGAAUGGGUUAAAACGGUCAGGAAUGAAGCUUUCACUUGUUGUGAGGAUCAUUAUAGUUAGAUACAUUGUCUUACCAAUUUUAGGUGUGGCCAUUGUAAAAGGUGCAAUUCAUUUUGGUAUUAUCCAGCAUGAUCCAUUAUACCAGUUUAUUUUACUCCUUCAAUACGCCCUUCCGCCUGCAAUAAGCAUAAGUACAAUUACUCAAUUAUUUGGAGCCGGUGAAACAAAAUGCUCAAUUGUUAUGCUAGCAACUUAUGUCUGUGCCUCAUUUUCUCUUACACUAUGGUCCACAUUGAUCCACGUGUCCAUGCCUUGGGAUUCCAGUACAGGACACUACUCUACCAAUGAACUCUCAUGCAUGGAAUUGGAAGGAGAAACUACUGUUUCUGCACCUGCUUUCCCCUGA